AGGAGGAGGAGGAAGAGGAGGCCGACCAACAAGAUGGCCCCUGCUGCCGGAGCAGCUUCAGCAGCAGGUGGGAGGCCGGAGGCGGCGCUGGCGGUGGCAGCAGCGGCCGUGGUCCGGCGGCCUGGGACAGAGUCAGAGUCGACGGUGGCAUUGGCGGCGGCGGUGGCUGCCGCGGCGGUGGCGACGGCCGCGGGGACUCGGAGCUGAGAGGAGCUGCUGCUCGGACCAGCGCGGUAAUAUUUCACACUAUGUGCUGACUGUAUUUACAGAAGAUAUUUAAAAAAAAAAAAGAUAAACUUUUUUCAAAGAUUUUGAUUCCAGUGGAAUCUUUGCUUUAGAUUUUGUGUGUGUGAGUGAAUUGUAACUCCAGAAACAAUGCCUGUACAAGCUCCACAGUGGACGGAUUUCCUCUCCUGCCCAAUUUGCACUCAGACUUUCGACGAAACAAUUCGAAAGCCCAUCAGUUUGGGUUGUGGCCAUACUGUCUGCAAGAUGUGCCUGAACAAACUCCAUCGCAAGGCUUGCCCGUUUGACCAGACCACUAUCAAUACAGACAUUGAACUCCUCCCAGUAAACUCAGCAUUGCUGCAGCUAGUGGGUGCUCAGGUUCCUGAACAGCAGCCCAUUACUUUGUGUAGUGGGGUUGAAGAUACAAAGCAUUAUGAGGAAGCCAAGAAGUGUGUAGAAGAAUUAGCAUUGUACCUGAAACCGCUCAGCAGUGCUAGAGGAGUGGGUCUGAAUAGCACUACUCAGAGUGUUCUGAGUCGCCCAAUGCAGAGGAAGCUGGUGACUCUGGUCCACUGCCAACUAGUAGAAGAAGAAGGCAGGAUUCGUGCCAUGAGGGCAGCUCGAUCUUUAGGUGAACGAACAGUUACAGAGCUCAUUCUCCAGCACCAGAAUCCUCAGCAACUCUCUUCCAAUCUUUGGGCAGCAGUCAGAGCUAGAGGCUGCCAGUUCCUUGGACCAGCAAUGCAGGAGGAAGCUCUAAAGCUGGUUCUCCUGGCCUUAGAAGAUGGUUCUGCUUUGUCAAGAAAAGUAUUGGUUCUUUUUGUGGUGCAAAGGUUGGAGCCACGGUUUCCUCAAGCCUCUAAAACUAGCAUUGGGCACGUUGUCCAGCUCCUUUAUAGAGCCUCCUGCUUCAAGGUCACCAAACGUGAUGAAGACUCUUCUUUGAUGCAGUUGAAAGAAGAAUUUAGAACCUAUGAAGCUCUGCGGCGAGAACAUGACUCCCAGAUAGUGCAGAUUGCUAUGGAAGCAGGCUUACGAAUUGCACCAGACCAGUGGUCCUCUUUGCUUUAUGGGGACCAGUCUCACAAAUCUCAUAUGCAGUCCAUUAUUGACAAGUUGCAGACCCCAGCCUCUUUUGCACAAAGUGUUCAGGAACUAACAAUUGCUCUCCAGAGGACGGGAGAUCCAGCAAACUUGAAUCGACUAAGACCCCAUUUGGAGCUAUUAGCAAAUAUUGACCCUAGUCCAGAUGCUCCUCCUCCUACUUGGGAACAGCUAGAAAAUGGGCUGGUUGCUGUGCGUACAGUGGUACACGGGUUGGUUGAUUAUAUCCAGAAUCACAGCAAAAAAGGAGCAGAUCAACAGCAGCCUCCACAGCAUAGCAAAUACAAAACAUACAUGUGUCGAGACAUGAAACAGAGAGGAGGAUGCCCUCGUGGGGCCAGCUGUACAUUUGCACACUCACAGGAGGAACUGGAAAAGUUUCGUAAAAUGAACAAACGCCUGGUUCCCAGAAGACCCCUGAGUGCCUCUUUGGGUCAACUUAAUGAGGUGGGCCUGCCUUCAACAGCUAUGCUUCCAGAUGAAGGUGCAGUGGAUCUGCCUAGCAGAAAAACCCCUGCUCUGCCAAAUGGGAUUGUAUCAGCAGGGAAUACAGUAACACAGCUGAUUCCACGAGGGACAGACCCCAGCUACGAUUCUAGUCUGAAACCAGGAAAGAUAGAUCACCUGAGCAGUAGUGCCCCUGGAUCCCCUCCUGACCUGCUAGAAUCUGUCCCUAAGAGUAUUUCUGCCUUGCCUGUUAAUCCACAUCCUGUACCUCCAAGAGGGCCAACAGACCUGCCCCCUAUGCCUGUCACCAAAUCACUUCAGAUGGUACCACGAGGUUCUCAGUUAUAUCCAGCACAACAGGCAGAUGUUUAUUACCAGGAUCCUCGAGGAGCUGCUCCACCAUUUGAACCAGCACCUUAUCAGCAGGGUAUGUACUAUCCUCCACCACCACAAUGUGUGUCCCGCUUUGUCCGACCUCCACCAUCUGCUCCUGAACCUGGUCCUCCCUACUUGGAUCAUUAUUCACCGUACCUCCAAGAUCGUGUAGUAAACUCUCAAUAUGGCACACAGCCACAACAGUACCCACCUAUGUACCCACCACACUAUGAUGGCCGUCGAGUAUACCCUGCUCAGUCUUAUACAAGAGAGGAGAUUUUCCGAGAAAGUCCUAUACCCAUUGAGAUACCACCUGCAGCAGUACCAUCCUAUGUACCAGAAUCCAGAGAAAGAUACCAACAGAUGGAGGGUUACUAUCCAGUGGCUCCCCACCCAACUCAAAUCAGACCUUCGUACAACAGAGAGCCUCCUUACAGCCGGCUUCCUCCCCCUCCCCAGCCCCAUCCUAGUCUAGAUGAGCUACAUCGAAGACGAAAGGAAAUAAUGGCACAACUAGAGGAAAGGAAGGUUAUCUCUCCACCUCCUUUUGCACCUUCACCAACAUUGCCUCCUGCCUUCCAACAAGAGGAAUUUUUGGAUGAAGACUUGAAGGUAGCUGGGAAAUACAAAGGAAAUGAUUAUAGCCAGUACUCCCCCUGGUCAUGUGACACCAUCGGCUCCUACAUUGGAACCAAAGAUGCAAAACCCAAAGAUGUUGUGGCAGCAGGGAGUGUGGAAAUGAUGAAUGUGGAGAGUAAAGGAAUGAGAGACCAGCGAUUGGACCUUCAGAGAAGAGCAGCAGAAACCAGUGAUGAUGACCUCAUCCCAUUUGGAGACCGACCAACAGUAUCUCGGUUUGGUGCCAUUUCUCGAACUUCAAAAACAAUAUAUCAGGGUGCUGGCCCAAUGCAGGCUAUGGCACCUCAGGGAGCGCCCACAAAAUCUAUUAACAUUUCAGAUUAUGGUCCGUAUGGAACCCACAGUGGCUGGGGAGGUUCUCCAUAUUCACCUCAUCAAAACAUACCUUCUCAGGGACACUUCAGUGAGAGGGAGAGAAUAUCUAUGUCAGAAGUGGCCAGUCAUGGAAAACCCCUUCCAUCUGCUGAGAGGGAACAGCUACGACUAGAAUUGCAGCAAUUAAACCAACAAAUUAGCCAACAGACCCAGCUACGUGGACUAGAGGCUGUCGGUAGCAGGCUGGCGCUGCAGAGAGAGGCGAGCGCCUUGGCAGGCCAAUCACAGCCCCCACCGCCGCCGCCGCCGCCAAAGUGGCCUGGAGCGCCCUCAAGUGAGCAGCUGAGCUUGGAACUGCACCAGGUGGAAAGGGAAAUCGGGAAGAGAACCCGGGAACUGAGCAUGGAGAACCAGUGUUCUCUGGACAUGAAAAGCAAAUUGAAUACAAGUAAGCAAGCAGAAAAUGGACAACCAGAACCACAAAAUAAGGUUCCAGCUGAGGACCUUACAUUGACAUUCAGGUAUUUUCAUGGAGUGAAGAUGGGGGGAAUCUCUCAAAUUGUAGCCUUAACCCUAGCUGUACCUCUCUAAGGCCUCACACUCUAGAGGAAAUCUGAGUGGGUAGAACAGCAAGAGAAAGGUAUACUGUCCCAUUGUGCCUGUAAUGUAAUUUACCUAUUUUAAAUUGGUUACUCUGCCUUACCUCAUAGAAAUUCUUACAACUUUCCCAGUGCUCACAAGCAGUUUUAGGAAUUCAAUAAAACCUCCAAUUUUUUUUUCUCUUUCUUUUCCUUUUCUCUGUUGUAUACCUUGUGAUGUGAUGAGCCUGUAAGGGUCAAUGGCCUGUUCAGGCAAAACUGCUUGACUUUCUAACUGCUUUUUUGUUAAAAUCUAUGAAAAAUAAUUGAUUUUUCUAGCUUUUAAAAUUUAUUCCUUUAGAGACAGGUAGAAGAUGAAACCAGUCAGAUAGGAAAUUCAGUUUUUAUGCUUUCUACUUAUUCAAAUGUUAAUUUCUUCUGAAGAUGACUGUUUGCUUUUCACUGAAUUAAAAGGCAAGACUCAGACAUCUCAGAUGAAAAUGAACAAUUCUGAGAGGGUUAAGGUAGGAGUAAUAAGCAUUGUGUUCAAUCUGGAUAACAACACCAGAAUUUUAUUACAGCUAGGAAUAUAAAAGUACUUGGACUUUUUCUUUCUUCAGUGAGUCUCUGGAAGAGGGUAGAAGAACCGAGAAUAAGAUAUCUAGACUCAGUUUUCUGACUUAUACGUAGUUCUUUUGCCUUACUUAUAGAUAUUGUCAUAAGUUCAGUAGGUGCCAUGACUUGGGUAAUUUACAGAGGCUGAAGUGACCAAAGAUCCACUCCUUGUUACUUUUCUAAUCAAAAGAAAAGUUAGUUAUAACAUAGGUUUCUAGUAAUAUUCAAAUAAUAAGACGCUAUUUCUAAUGCCAGCUACAAAAUACUCAACUACUCAGAAUGUAUAAAAAUUUAUUUCAUACAGCAUUAAUGUGGUUGAUUCCCUUCUCCCAUUUUAUUUCCCUUCCCUUCUCCUAGUCUUUCCCAUGUAUUUAUUUAUUUAUAUAUAUAUUUUUUGCCUAAAAUUCAUAAAAUUGGUAUGAUUCUCAUUUGCUACCUUGAAUAUGUAACUCCAUCAGACUUUCCAUUGGUCUUGAGGGUUGGAGCUCAAAGUUUUUGUUUUUCUUUUUUUCUCUGUCCCUUCUGUAUCUUGCAAAUUCCCCUUGAUUUACCCACUGCCCUCCCCAAUCUGCAACAGUGACAGUUUGCUGCCUCAAAACAGAGCAUUCAAAUGAAUUCGCUUAGCCAAUAACUUCUGUGAAGUUGCCUUUUCUAAUGGUGUUAUUACUCAGUGAUGCACAAAUGUGGUAUUUGCCCUACUGGUAGGCAAACAAAGGUCUGGUUAGGAACGGUAACCUGCUGUUUUCUUUAAAGGAGAGCCAAAGACUUGUGCUUUACUCUGUUUUGGUUUGGGAGGAAAUAGUAGCCAUUUCGAUUGUGAAACCUCUUAGUAGUUGUGAGUUGAUUAUACUGUGUAGGGAGAUGGGAGAUGUAUCUAAAGUUAACUGUUAAAGUUAGCUGGUCUUAUAAAAUGUAAAAGUAGUGAAAAUUCUUCAGUUUUUCUAAACCAUGAAUGUCAUCUUUUACAGUAUUGUGUGUAAGCAGUUCCUCCUCCCUUUCGCUGAGAUUAUCCUGUCAUGAUAGCAUGUUGUAUAUUUGUUAUUUUACUUGUGCCUAAAGGACAAUCUACUAUCACUAUGGUCAAGUAACUAUAGUCAGUACAUGUUAGAUUAUAUUCAGAUUCAGAGAAAAAUAGAUUCUUUUCACUAAAGAGUACUCGGUUGUUAUUGCUUAUGUACAAAUGGUUAUAGAUGGAGAUCUAACCAUCUUUUUCUACUUUUUUUUUUUUUUUUGCUCAUUUUAAAGAAUUGAGUAAAGUUUUCAUAUAUAAAAUCUAUCUGUAAAAAGCACUUGUAAUGUCUUAUAUAUCAUUAAAAGGAAAGGCUCAGUUACUUUUUAGGGGAAAUUAAUAACCUGUCUGGAAAUUAACUGCAGUGUUUACUUAGAUUUUUACCCUAAAAGAGUCCAAUUGUGUUUAUUUUUUAUUGAUGAUACAUGGUUAUAGUGUUUGCAAGGUGAUCUCUUCCCUGAAAAGUCUGCCUAUCCUUUUAGAUAAAAAUUAGAGCUACUAAACUAAGCAGAUUUUACAUUCAACGUUAGGGAUUGAACAGGCAAGCAGUCUACUACUGUCAUCAUUUUACCUGACUGCCCAUUUUGCUGGCCCACAUUCAUACCUUUCUACCUUGGACAACUAUGAUUUUUAUAUUUAUUUGUUGCUUCAGCUCAGCUUUAUGAAAUUUUCCUGCUGAAAUUACUUAUUGGGAAUUGUAGGUGGAUUGCAGUUAAUAUUUUUUAAAAUUAUUUCAACUUUCCUGAGCCACUUAGAAAAAGAAAGUUGUUUUUGUCGAAAGAUACUGUUAAUUGUAGUAAAUGCCAGCUUACCAUUUGGUUCUUAAGAUUUUAUUUCUUUGACUGCUAAAGGUGUUUUCACUUGUAUUAGAUUGUAACGCUAGCUAUAAUGUUAAUGAAGAAUAGGAAACUGCCACCACCAAGAAGAAGUAACACCUUUUAAUAAUAAAUAUGUUCCCAGUGGGUAGAUUCUCAGUACUGCACUGAACAAAGUGGGUAAAGAGCCCUUUGAAAUCCUGUUGUGUUAAAGGGACUAACCUCACCACUGGAAUCCUUGUUUUCAGAGCUUCUGAAUUUUCAGCCAAACACUGAACUUCCCCUAAACUUUAUUCCUGAGCAGAACAUCCCUAGAGUAAUAACCAUUAUUUUCAAAAGAAAAUAAGGCACAGUAACCCAAGAGAGAGAACUUAAGCCUCACAAUAUUGUGUCCAAAAAUAUGUAUUUAGAAAAAUAAAAUCCUGUGGAGUUUGUUAUCCUAAUGUAUGUUGUAUACUAGAUAAGGUGACAUUUUCUUGUAUUGAGGUCUCAUUAUUUCUAGUUGGGUUUUUUUGUGUGUGUUGUUUUGUUUUUAAUUUAAACUCUAAGUAGACAGAGCUCACAGGUCUUUGGCAUCCAUUCUAGGUUGUGCACUCAGAGUCAUCUUAUAACUGGAAACUGUCAGGUGGGCCCCUACCCCAACUCCAGAUGGUGUAUGAAAGGGUCAAGAAAAGAAUGGAAACAAACUAUUGGGUGGAUAAUUGGUAGCCUUUUUUUUUUUUUAACCUGAUUUUUUAAAAUCACCAUUUAUUAGUGUAAUCUCUCUCCACUGAUAGGCUGCCAUUCUCACAAUAAUAUCUGAACCACCCUGUAAAAUACUCCUCUGAUUUCAAGGCAUUUUAAGCUUUUGCUUAUCAUGUUUACAUCCUAUGUUCAACUAAGGCACUGUUCUGAGAGCUACUUUUUCCAGGUGUAUUGUUGCCUAAAUUUCCUUUAUUCCCCCUUUCAUCCUUUCUCUUCUUCCCACCUUCUGGGAAUGAAAGGAACUUGGGGGAAAAAAGUUUUUCUUUUUUUCUUUUUUUUUUUUUAAUUAAUUUUAUUCAUUGAUCCAUAGGCUUCAUUAUCUUACUUGACGAUGAAUCUGUGAGUUUUUAGAACAACAGAAAUGGAAAAAGUGAAUCAAGAUAAUGAACAAAACCUUUCACCCACUUAAAACAUGAUUUCCAGUUGUGAGAUUCCUCUUCUUGUGUGUGGUCUCUUCCCCUUGUUACCCCUCUUACCCUUUUUCCCUGACUAUGGUCAAUUUGGCUCAUACCAGUCUCCCCGAGACAUUCUGCAGUCAUUAUCACCUUUUUGGGUGGAUUUUAUUUUGUUUUAUUUGGUUUCUGUUUUUUUAAGUAACUUUUUAACAUUGAUGCAUAUUUGCUUGGGAUAGAGCUUGUGUAAUUUACCAAUCGUAUUGAUUGUAUGUGAUUGUGCCCUGCGGAGGUAUAUUUAACAAGUCAAAAAUAAUCUAGGAUAAUAAAGGAGCCCAUGAGAUUUGAGUCGGAUUAUAAAUGACUUCAUGAAAUCAUUUACAGUUUGAAUAGUGAGAAUUUAUAUCUCCUGUUCUUAAAUUAGUGCUAGACAAAAUACCAUUUUUUAAAAGUUUUCUUGCAUUCCUAUUUUUCUCCCUUGCGUUUUAGCUCCCUGUUCUUUCUUGCCUGCCUCCUGUUCAGAAAUAAAAAUAUUGAUCCUUAAAGAGACAGCUCAUUUUUAAAUUGGUGAAGUUUGUGAAAUUUUACUUUUUCCAAGUGUUUUCAACUUUUCUUUAAAAAGUGAAGACAUAAUGAGUUGGAAUUUCACAAGCUGUGAAAUUAGCACUUGGCAAACUGUGAAAUCUUAUUUGAAGACUUUAUCUCCUGGAAGUUCUUUUGGAAUAGGAAAAAAGAACCCUGUUUUUGAAAUAGACCAUUUCCCUCUCUUUUUAAAAAUCUGUUUAUAUUUUGAAUUUUUAAACAGACUUCAAAAAAGUGAAGUGGAAGAAAAAUAGUAGUAGGAAGAUGUUUAGAACAGCAAAAUGCUGGGUCUGAAUAAGUACAUACUCUCCUUGUUGCAGAGUUUUGAGAGGAUGAGGGCCAUCUUUUUAAUUUGUAUUAUCUGUGUGCAUGUUGUCUAUAUCAAAGAUGCCACAUUUUGUUAAAAUGCUAUUCCUUUCUUUAUUAUCUUGGAAACUGACUCAGCCUCAUGUUGCUCCAAAUUAGUGUUUAAGGCUCCCACAAGUUGCAGAUAAAAGGACUAUUUUAACAAGUUAGAAGGAGGUGAUUCGCCUUUUGGUUUGUAAAUAUAUGAAAGUGUCUACAAGGUCUUUAUCUGCUUUCUGUCAGCAUUUAUAUUAAAUGAUAAAUUGAUGAGGAGAAACGCGUAGUCUUUUUUUGUAAGUGAGCCUGUGCCCUCUUAUUCUAACCUUGGGAUUGUUUUCUUACACCUUUUUUUAUGGAGUUGUGUUUGUUCGUUUUUUAGGUGAAAAAUAGAGAAGUAGGUAAUGUAUACAAACACACAUACAUGUAGUGUCAGUUAUCACAGGAAUUAGUCCAACACCACAGUUCAGAAUACUUCAUUUGUUAUACAGUGAUUGCACAUUAGGAGUAAAGGUAAUGGUUCUGAAAUCCGAGUCAGUGUUCAGUGAGACUCCAUGGUUAACAUACAAAGUUCUGGUUUUUAUGCCUUCUCUUAAAAUCAGAACCUUUUUUUGCUUAAGCAACAUGACCUUGCUCUGAAUACCUUCCUGAUGCAAAUAUUUUUUGUCUUUCUGUUCUUACUCACUUUUCCUAAUUGUCCUGAAAUCCCCACCAAUUAGUCAUGCCUGGCAUUUAGAGGAUUUUCUCUUAGAGACCACUGUAAAAUAUACCCUAUUCAAGAACUCAGUGGCCUGAAGAAGAAAAAAGGGGAGGAGAGGGGAAUACUCUAGAUUAAAAGCAACUUUAGAGAUACAAAAAUCACAUGCAACCUGUGGACUUUGGAUCCUAAUUCCAACAAACCAAACAUUCAAAGACUCUUUUAUAUAAUAUAGUUAGGAGAAUUUGACUUAAAUAUUGAGUAUUAGAUAAAACCAAGGAAUGACACUUUUGUUCCGUGUGAUAAUAGCAACAUUGUUAUAUAUUAAAAUGUCCAUAUUUUUAAAAGACAAUAACUGACAAUGGCUAGAGUUUCCUUUAAAAUAACUGAAUAUUUUUAAAAGAAAAAUAAUAUACAUUACCAGUGAACAAACAUCACUCCUUGUACCAUCAGUUAGCAAUUAGUUGUCCGCAAUUAGUUGUCUGACCUCAAGAGAAGGGGCCACAGUAAGAAAAAGUUCAGAGGGUAUGAAGGAUGGUAACUAUUGCAACCAUCCUUGAAUGUCAUAAAAUCUAGAAUGGGAAUUCCGAAACCAGACUUGCUGUCUUUACCACUUACCUAGGCCUACCCUGCUUACAAGCAACAGGGUACUUUGUGAUCCCUUACACUGAGACUCAUUGAUGAAUAUGAGUUUGAGGGCUUCUUUGGUGGAGCAGUGGUUAAGAAUCCAGCUGCCAAUGCAGGGGACACAGGUUCGAGCCCUGGUCUGGGAAGAUACCACAUGCCACAGAGCAACUAAGCCCGUGUGCCACAACUACUGAGCCUGCACUCUAGAUCCCUCAAGCCACAACUACUGAAGCUCCCGCGCCACAACUACUGAAGCUCGUGCGCCUAGAGCCUGUGCUCCACAACAAAAGAAGCCACCGCAAUGAGAAGCCCGUGCACCGCAACAAAGAAUAGCACCUGCUCACCACAACUAGAGAAAGCCUGUGUGCAGCAACAAAGACCCAAGGCGGCCAAAAAUAAAUAAAUAAAUU